AAAACUCCAGGAGGGAAUGCAAUUUAUUAAAGGUAGACAAUUUAGUUUUGUAAGACCUUUAGAGGGACCAAAUGUUAGAAAUGCAAGGGCAAACGAAUUUCCUUUCGUCGUAUCUAUUAUGCGAUUAAAGAGCGGACAAUACCUUCAACCGGAAAACGAUCAUGUUUGUACAGGAUCAUUGAUUACUCUUAGGGACGUUGCAACGGCUGCGCAUUGCGUUGUUAAUGAAAUGAAAAUUUCCAUAAGAAUAAUUAUUGGAUCAACUGAUAUUAGACUCGGACAAAGGUAUUAUCCAUUCUGGUGGUUGACAUAUGAUGUAUGGGCACAUCGUAAGGGCAUACAGCCUCAAGUGGAUUUUAACGAUAUCGUUAAUAUACGGCUAACUGCAGCGGUUCCAAAUAGUAUCGUUCCAGCCGAAAUUCCAAAUAUACCGAAUGCGAGACUUAAUAGAUUACAGGUUAUAGCCGUAGCAUGGGGUAUAUUAAAUGGCACUCACACUAAUCCAUUCUUAAAAGCUGCUAACUUACAAGUUAUAUCAUACCGAAGGAGUUUGGAAAUAAUAGGAAGUUCAUAUCAACCUCUUGAUAUAAUUGAAACACCGUCUUUAUUAACUUACAUGCAACCUCAUGUAAUAUUAAGUUAUGGCGAUAGUGGUGGUCCACUAUUAUAUCGUCAUCAAUUAGUCGGAAUUCAUUCUGGAGUUUGUCCAAAGAAUCAAGAAGUUGAUAAUAAUCAUUUAAUUAACGUUCACGCUUCAAUGCAUUAUUAUAGAGCCUUUUUUCUGGACGUUAGGUAUUCCGGAAAUUAAUGUACUUCGCCACAUGUUGAUAAAUAGUAUAUAUGUAAAAUUAUUAUUUUAUAUAAAAAUAUUCUAUUAUUCAAUAAA